UAGUCAUGAGGUCCACGAGACUUCAGUAUUAUUUUUGUAUUACAAAUCACUAAUAAUCUUACCAACAACUCAUCUUCUUUCUCCUUGAAUGCUCCUCACUUUUCACUCACUAUUUUUUCUAGUACAAAGCUUAAUUAACUAAUUAAAAUAUGCCAGUAAUGCCGGUGUCCUUGUUUGUUUUCUAGAUCCUUAUAUGUAUCCAUCUUUGCUAAACUACUUCCAUCUUUCUCUCUAUCACUAUCUCUCUGACAAGUAUGGUACAGGCAAAAAAGUUCAGAGGUGUCAGGCAACGCCAUUGGGGUUCUUGGGUUGCUGAGAUUCGUCAUCCUUUGCUGAAAAGGAGAGUGUGGCUAGGAACUUUUGAAACUGCGGAGGAAGCUGCCCGAGCCUACGAUGAGGCUGCUGUCCUGAUGAGCGGACGGAAUGCAAAAACAAACUUCCCAAUGGUUUCACCUGAUGAAAACAAAAAAGACAACACUAAUGCUAAUUCGUCUUUCUCCGGAUCAUCACUUUCUUCAAUACUCAGUGCCAAACUUCGCAAGAGCUGCAAAUCGCCUUCGCCAUCUCUCACUUGCCUGAGGCUCGAUACGGAGAGUUCCAACAUCGGAGUGUGGCAGAAGCGGGCUGGGUCCCGACCCGAUUCUAGCUGGGUCAUGACUGUCGAAUUUGGGAAAAAGAAGAUGGAUGAUGAUAACAAGCAAAUAAUUCCCGAUGAAAAUAUACCUUCUUCAAGUCCGUCAUCGUCUCAGGAGACUUCCGUUGUGGAUAACAAAGAAGGCAAAGAGUGUGGUAUGAUGAAUGAAGAAGAACGAAUGGCGCUGCAAAUGAUUGAGGAACUCCUCAACAGGAAUUAAUUAUAGUACAGAUGAACUUCUUAGGUAAAUGUUUGGUCUUACACGUAAAAGUGAAAAAUAAUACUUCACUAUUAAGUAAUGGAGUACUGUCUCUAAAGUAAUUUUUUCCGAAGUCAUUGUCAUUGCUGUGUAUUAUGUUUGUCCAAGGUUGUGCAACUAUGGUUUGAUAUUUGAUAAAGAAAACAUAAAUGUUACCUGCA